GUUGAUGAGUGGCCGUUACUUCAAACAGAGUUUUGUGAGAAGGUGAACCAGCCAACUCCUCGGGUUGUCUCUGGACAGAGAAAACAAGAGGAGCCAACACCUUGGGGGCCAAAAGUUGUGAUGGCCCAGGCUGAUAAACCAACAGCUAAUGAGACCAGCUUCUUGGGAUGUUCAACCAAGAUGACACACAUUGAGGACCAUGAGCCGUUUGAACCAGCACCUGAGGUCACUGCGAGCAGUCAGCAGCAGAGCCCGCCUGAGGACAAUGGCCAGCUUGAAGAUCCUCAUGUAACACUUGGCAAUCAGAAGGCACCCUGUGAUUUUGCACCUGCCAGAGCUGCUACAUCAAGUCAUGUGACUUAUGACAACCCUGGGUGUCUUCAAGGAUCGUUUGACCAGAGCAGCCACAUAUUCGGGGAAAAUGCAGGUAAGCAGUGUGCUACAAAUGGCAUAGCGGCGAUUAUGACCCACACCACCCAUAGCGUUCUCAAAUGGAAAAAAAAGAACAUUCAUCAUAUUCUAAAACAAGGUAAUGGCUUGUACACAUCUAUGCUAGAAAAUAAGGAAAUCAGUGCAGCCAAAACCAGUGGGCAUAUUUUCAUUUCCGAGUUACCCAGACACUGCAAAUUCAACAAUAAAUUAUUUAGUUUGGAAUAUUUUGAUACACUCACUGGAAGUCUUGAUCAAAAGGAUGAUUAUGACGCUUCUUUGCAAAACAUAGCCAUGCCUUUAGAAGAGGCUAUUCAGAAGACACUGCUGCAGACAAACACAUGCUUGCUCAACAUCCAAGGAAGUGUCUGUGCCGUUUUCAAGGUCGAAACUGCUUUUGCAGUUUUCGAUCCUCAUUCUCGUAGUACUUGGGGUUCAGUUGCACCGGAUGGAACCAGCAUAGUAGCGCACUAUGCUACUGUGUAUGAGUUAUAUGACCAUAUUAAGAACCUUGUCAAUUCCUUAUACCAAAAUCAUCCACAUGCUUUUGAUAUCCCAAACAAGGUGUUUGAAGUCACUGGUGUGAAAGCUGUUGAGGUAAACUCACCAUUUACUGCUUUAACUGCACAGCCUGAAGCCAGCACUUCGGCACAUGACGGUACUUUGGACACAGACAGUGACUCUGAUCUCUGUGUCCUUUCGGUAACAGAUAGAAAUUCUCUUGCAGUAAACGCGUCUUUUUCCCUUGAAACUGUGCAGCCUGUAGCAAACACUUCUACAUGUGACACAACUGUAAACAUUGACAGUGAUCCUCCAAUCACACAGAGGGUGCAUCAGAUGUCUGUUUAA